ACUGCCUUUUAUUUAUUUAAAUUGUGGCCCUCGCAUUUGCGUUAUUGACGCCUUUUCUCUUUUUCUGCAGAAUACCCUAAUCUAACGGCAAGCGCACCAGCUCGUCUUUAUCCAGCUGCGCUUAUAUCAUGUCUGUCGAGGCCAAUCGGCCUGCGCGUUCAGGCUGGCCUGUCACUUCUCCCCUUUCGUCUCCAUCUACCUCUCUCUCGUCUUCUUUUUCUUCAUCCGCAGCCUCAGACAUGCUGCCCCAGGACUCCAGCCAGUCAGACAUUCAUUCUUCGGAUCACUCGGCUCUUGCACCAAAACAUCCUCAUGUCCGCAACCUGGCCUUUGCAUCUCCUCGUCCCCGCUCAUCCUCUCUGGCCGUUUUCAUGGGACAGAAUAUCAGCCGGUCUCCUUCUCCGUCCCAGUCAAAUUCUUCUUCUCAGCUCGCCUCGAAGGGUAUCGCUGCUGCAGCCGCGACAGGGAGUCGCUUAAAGCGCGCGUUUGGCGCGAGACGCAAGAACAAGUCCGAGGAUACCUCCAAACUUUUUUACGGCAGUCAUAAGGGAAAGGAGAGGGAUUACUACACGGACUCCGAUGUCACUACUCCUGUAUCGUCUACCUCAAGAACGCCAGUAACUCCCGUUGACGCCACUGCACCACCAACUCCUGGAUACAGGCCAGCCAAGCUGUCCUUGCAGCUUGCAACUCAUGUUUUUAAUGGCGGUAGGAAGAAUUCACGGACACCGCCCCCCGUUACGCAAUUAUCCCCUGUUCCUCCUCCUCCUCCCCCAAAGCCGCCUGGAAUGCAAGGCUUGAAACUGGUGUCACCCCCGCCCGGUCGGAAUGUGGAUCAGAGAGGCUCCAUAAUCACUGUCAGCCCGGGUAUAUCAUCGGCGGUUAAUUUUAUGCGUAUAGGGGAAGAACAGAGAGAACGGGAACGGGAACGGCUAGAAGCUCAACAAAGGGAAUUGGAGGCUGCUGAGAAGAAUGAUGCUGAGAAGGAGAAGAAUAGCGACAAGGGAGAUCUGAAGGAGACGUGGCGGAAAAGUGACUCUACUAUGAGCCACCAUACCAUUCGUCCUGGCACGACUGUAGGCAACCGGACGCCACGCCCUGUGUCAGUCGCCGAAUCCCUUCAGUCCAUUUAUACCAUCGUUCCUCCAGUCAGCAAGAGACUGAGCGCCCUCAUUACCGACACCGAUUUCGCUACUCCGGAGGAAGACUUAUCCUGCGAGACCGUUGUGGAAGACCUGCCGCCGGUUCAGCCCCAAACCUCUCCGACCUCCUCUAUCAGAGUACACAAUCGUCGUUCGAUGUCAUUAAAUCUGGGAUCGAGCUUUGCCAAGAUAUACAUUCCACCAUCAGCGGCUUCUGCUGGAGCAACACUAUCUGAGUCGAAGCAUCCGCCACGAUCAGUCGAGGACGUCCAUCCGCGAUUAUCGCCUUCUGCAUCGCUCGAGACGCCCACGCUUACUAGAGCCGCAGCAAACGGUAUCAUUUCUCCGUCAAGCCCCGGCCUGCAAUCAACCGGAAACCACAUUCGUGGGCGGCUGGCUGCUUGGACAGCCACGACAAACCCUAAUCCAUCACAGCGCAGCUUACCCACUCCUCCUACCUCCUUCCCUCGUAAUCCGCCUACGCCGCCGCCGCCUCCAUCGUCACGGCAACCUACCAUCAGUAUGACCGGUGGUUUUGGUCUAGCGAAGCGUGCUGUGGAAAAGAUUAAUCGUGCUUGGGGAGGCUUGUCUUCGGGUUCGAGUAAUUCUGGCUACUCUUCGUCUUCAUCAAGCGUCGGUCCAUCGUCGUAUUCCGAUCAUAAUUUGGCACGCAUUGCGUCAAAUCAAUCUGGGGUUAUGUCCAACCGCUACGGAAAGAAAAAUCGGAGAACACCUGACGCACCUUCUGGUUCAUGGAGUAUCAAUUCGUCAACAACAAUCUCCUCUUCAUCAGAUUCUGACGCUUUCACGCCGACUGGUCCGUUUCUUGGCCAGAAGGUUCGUGGACCUAUGCGUACGAAAAGUGGAGGCACGGGGGCUGUCGGUGGCGUCGUUUUCGGGAGAGAUUUGCGAGCUGCGACGAGGGACACAGCCGUUGGUGUUGGUGUAUCGUUCAGUGCCGCGGACUUGGAAUCGGUGAAAGGUGAUGUGCGCUCAGGAGACGUUGAUAAGGACCAUCUAGAACCACUCGAGGGCCGAAUGGUACCUGCAGUCGUAGUACGGUGCGCGCAACAUCUAUUACUAUGGGGAAUACAAGAGGAGGGUCUGUUUCGUGUUCCCGGGCGAGCAUUGCAUAUCGCGAAGCUGCGUGCAGAGUUUGAUACAGGGGCCGAUUUCGAUAUGACACAGUGUUCACCUGCGGAACUGGAUCCUCAUGCUGUCGCAUCCGUUUUCAAAGCGUUUUUGCGUGAACUGCCUGAACCAAUUCUGACCCACUCGUUGCUUCCGCAAUUCGAAGCCGCUAUAAGUCAAGAAUGUGAUCCGAAUGUUCAAGAAUUCACCGGACGUUUAGGCGGGAAAGGUGGUCCAACGCUCCCGUCGGGUCCUCGAAAUGGGCUUACAUUGCGUAAAGCACCCUCGCUGUCUACUCUUGCAAUGCCAAGCUUCAGUGGCAUGCGACCGCCGUCCCGUUCAGUCACAAAUACCCUCAAGUCGUUGCUAUCGAAGCUUCCUUACGAGAACAAAGAUCUAAUCCGUAUUGUCAUCGAACUCAUCAAGGCGACGGCCCGAGAGAGCAAAUCAACCAAAAUGCCUAUCAGUAAUUUGCUUCUCGUGUUUUGCCCCAGUCUGAGCAUGAAUCCUCCGCUGCUUAAAGUUCUUUGCGAAGCGGAGGACCUGUGGGAAGGGCCCCUUCUGGAGUCGCCUGUCAUUGAUAUCAAGCGUGAGAGCGUUAUCCUGGACAUUAGUGCGUCUGAUUCCGCAAACAGCACUACUGCACUUGAACUCGACGAGGAGGAUUCAGAUGAAGAGUAUUCUGAUGCACACGAUGGUUCGGAGAUGAAGACAUCACCCCCACCUUCUCCAGACAAGUUUGACCAGGUUGUGGAGAGUCCUCGUUCUUCCACCGAUGGUAAAACCCCCACCGUUUCCAGAUUGAGGCCAAUGGGGCCGAGGCAGCAUAUCUCAGCAGGUCUCUUUAGUGGAUCGGAAUACUCGUCUCGCCUGAGACCUGUUUCUCCACGCUCUACGGGUGCAUCAUCCGAUUCUAGGUCCAUAAUAUCGUAUGGGUCGACCUCUAACGAGAGUCAUUCGCCAUCACAUAUCAGCCUGUCUCCUCCGCCCUUGUCUUCGUCUGCAGAAUCAUUGGCUACCCCAUCAACUUCGUCUGCCCAGCAAUCAUUAACUGAUCUUCCCGUUCGGACCGAUCCUUACGCUAAGGAGGAAGAGAUCAUGGCUCCCGUCAUUGCAGAUUGUUCGGACUUGGGUCUACCAAAGUCUCCGUUGUCUGUCAUCAAUCGUCGCAUCAGCGGUCCCAUUCAAUUUCCCAGUUCUGGUGGGAGCGAGCCUUCAAGUCCACUUUCACCUCGAAGAUCAGUGCCUCUGCUUUCUCUGCCUAGCCUUACCUCUUCCCCUACCACUUCCCUCUCCGAUUCGCCUCGGCGACAUGGGAUGAAGAGGCCUUCAUUAAAUCUCCUUUUCUCUAAGCGUCCUGCAUCUCCGUCUCCGCUAUCAACUUCUUCUAUAGGGAGACCCUACAUUUCCUCUCCGUAUCUACAGCAUCCAUCACCUGUAUCUGAUUCGUCUAUUUCCACGCCAACCUCUGCCGUUACUGCACCACAAUCCAGCACACAGAUGCUUCCCCAUAUUCUUGAUACUCCCAUUGAAAGCUCAGCACUCCGACGCGAUCUUGGACUGGAGGAGUCACCUUCCAUCGGAUCACCGGAACGUUCAGACUCGCCUGGCAGCAGCUCAUGCGAAGAGGAUACUAGCACUGAUGUACUGGAUGAAACCUCGCCACUCACGGUCCGUCCCGGCAUAACCCCCAUCGCUGAUCAUUACCGUUCGUUGUCGAGCGCCACCCUACCGUUAUCGUCAUCAGACCAACACUUGUCACAUCUUCGGCCAAACCCCACACUAAGAAACCGGUCUGCGUCCAAGACUUCCUUUUUAUCGAACGCAUCUUCCAAUCAUCUAGGACUACUAGAUGAUGAAGAUAAGGAGGAUUGGACACAGAGUGUCCUCAUGGCAGCUGAUGCUGACGGUGGUUGGACUGUAACCACGCCUUCACCGCAUUAGACGGCAACGGGUGGGUGUGCUGCACUCCAUCAUGUUUCGUUUUCCAUAUUUGUGAAGUCUACGAUAGUAGAUUCAUAACGUGAAGUUCAAAACCCCGCGCAUGGCUUCUGCCUGUUCUUUAUUCAUCCCUGCUUUCGACGACACCUGCUACUCCACACGCCUAGUAUAUG